AUGUCCUUGGAAAUCAAUUGGAACUUGCUAUCUUCAGACGAUAAUUUGAAAGAUGAACUCAGGAACUUUCUAGAUCAACAAUUGCAAAAGAUAGAAUUACCAGAGUUCCUUAAAGAUGUUAGUGUCACGGAGUUCAACAUUGGAAAGAUCCCUCCACAAGUGACACUAAGGCACAUAGGUGAUCCUUUUGAUGAAUUUUAUGAAGAUAGUGAUGAGGAAGAUCAAAAUAUUUCGGGGGACUCCAAAGAGCAACAAACUCCUUCAAUAUCGCUGAAAGGAAACAGUGAGAGAUCUGAUUCUAAGGAUUUACAAAUGAUUGCCGAAAUCGAUUAUCGAGGUGAUUUAUACGUGGAAAUCAGUACGAAUUUGCUUUUGAACUAUCCUUCAGAAAGUUUUAUUGAGUUACCUAUAAAGUUGAAAAUCUCUGACCUUGUUAUUCAUUCAUUGGUGAUCCUCAGUUAUGCAAAAAAUUUGGUGAAUUUCUCGUUUCUAUGUGAUAUCACUGAUGACAACUUAGAUAGCUUUGUGAACCAAAAAGGAUCAAGCUCUGCAAAUACAUAUAAUAACACUAAUGCCACUGCGCCUAAUACCCCGAUAUCACCUGGUUUUUCAAAUAAUGGCCGGCACAAUAGCAACGCUGGACAACCAUCCUUUUCUUCAAAUGUUAAUCCUUCAAGAUAUACAAACAAAGAUAGGAUCGAUAUUAUAAAAGAUUUGAAGAUUGAUUCUGAAAUAGGAGGAGGAACCCUUGGUAACCAGUCUAAUGGAUCGGUGUUGAUGAAUGUUGGUAAAGUGGAAAAGUUCUUGGUGGAAAAAUUCCGAAGCAUAUUGAGGGACGAAUUGGCCUGGCCAGGUUGGAUAUCUUUUGAUUUGUCCAACGACGAUGAUGAUGAUGAUGAAAGUUAUGAAGAUGUGAGUUAA